GAAGAGAAUCUAAAUUCAUGUGCCUCUGUAUAUUUCGUACAACUAAAUAACGAAACGAAAGAGUGGAAAAUAUUAAAUUUAGUGAAUCCACUGUGGGUGUGUGCGUAUGUGUGUGGAUGAUUAGAUAUCUUUAUAAUUAGUCGCGAACUACACCUAACUAAGAACAGCUGCGUAAAAUUGUGUUCAUCAUCAAGAUCGUCAUGUUUUUCCUCAUUGUCUGUGGUGUUCUUGCACUGCUUGUUGGCGUAAUUAGUUUCUUGAUAAUUUAUGCAAGAUGGAAUUUCGGAACACUGGAAAGUAUGGGCAUCCCCACCAUAAAGCCCCACUGGCUGUUAGGGAGUCAUCCAAACAUUCAUAAGAUUGUUGUCCAAGAUGAGGAUAUGAAGAAUUUCCGGAAGUACGGUAAAAUCUGGGGAUCAUACGAAGGACGAGAGCCACAAAUUUUUCUCGCUGAUGCAGAGCUGGUCCGAUUGAUUUGUGUCAAAGACUCCGAUCAUUUCCAAGAUAAAAGGAUGAUCGACUUCAAGAACGAACUGUUCAAUGAAGUCAUCGACACUCUUCCGUAUGAGAAAUGGAAGGCAGUACGAAACGAGGUGUCCCAGCCAUUUUCGACUAAAGUUAAACAUAUGUCCGAUCAAAUGUUGGAAUCGAUCAAUGAUUGUACGGGCCAUCUGAAAGACAUUUGCAAGAAAGAUCCAGUCAUUGAAGUUCGCAAAGUUUUCAAUGCUCUCUCAAUCGACAUAACUGCAAGAUGUGCCUUUGGAACGAGAGUUUACAACUGUAUUCGGGACCCAAACAAUGAAUUUGUUCUAAAUGCUAAGAAAAUUUUUAGCUUCAUUGAAGAUGGACCGAACAUCGGACUGACGCUGAUGUUAUCGUUCCCAUUCCUGCUAAAAAUCAUCCCGCUCGUCGAUUUGACUGCAACAAAAUUCUUCCAAGGCAUCCUAACCGACAUUUUAAAAGAGAGACGAGCACUAGGCAACUCAAACAAUGAUUUCGUCGAUGCCAUAAAUAACAUGAUUCGUAAAUCUGAGACGGAUGAGGAAUUUAAGCGUCUUAAGAUUACCGACCUUACAGCCAUGGCACAAGCUAUUACAUUCCUAACUACAGGAAUCGAGACCACAUCAUCAACAUUGACCAUGAUACUGUAUCAGCUCGCAACCAAUCCAGACAAACAAAAAUUACUGCACGAGGAAGUGGAUCGAGUCCUAUUACAGAGUAAGGGUGCAAUUAACCACAGCAUCGUCGGAGAUCUGGUAUAUGUGAAUGCAUGUAUCCACGAAGCAUUACGAUUGGCACCGACACUGACUCGUAUCGAUCGCAUUUGUACGAAAGAAUGGGAGAACAAGGAGUUUCAACUGAAAAUCCCCGUGGGCAUGAGUGUUCAACUUCCCGUUUGGCCGUUGCAUUACAAUCCCGAAUAUUUCCCGGAACCGGAAAAAUUUCAACCGGACAGAUUCCUGCCGCAGAACAAGGAUAUUUUGCAAAAAUAUGCUCUGCUGUCGUUCGGACAAGGUCCCCACAAUUGUGUUGGAACUAGAUUUGCCUUGGAAACGCUGAAACUGUCUAUCACAGCGAUAGCUAGAGAUUUUCAAUUUGAGACGUGUGAAGACACUAAACUGGUUUGGAAGCCGGCUGGUAUUUUAGGUGCUGCCUAUAAGCCUAUUAAAGUGAAAUUUGUCAGGAGAAAUUAAAGGACCAGUUCUAUUCACAAUCGUACCAACUUCCUAAGUGUGAGUAGGUCUAGGUCAUGCUACGAGAUAAACACGACAAGUUCGUGUAAACAUAUUUUUGAUUGCACACCUUACACAUUCACAAAAUCCUUCCCGCAAAAUUCUUGUACUAAAUAUCGCAACAAAAUUUUAGUAAAGAAUUGAUGGCUUUGCGAAUCGUAUCUUUGAUAUUUAUUAAGUGGAAGAACGUGAUAGAAUUGUGUCAUUGAAAACAUUAAAACAAUUGUUUCAAGUAAGUGA